UGCCAUGCCAUGUCAGACUGGUACAUUUCCGUAAAUAUUACAAAAAAGAGGGAGAAAUCAUUAAUAUAAUCACACAAAAUACAAUUUACCUCUUUAUUUUUUUAACUUAUUUAACUGUAAAACAUUUACCAGCAACAUUUCACCUUCACUCAAAAAUAUAAAAAUAAAAUUUUUACCACAAAAAUGGAGGCGGUAACCGGCGAGCAGCCAAACGACUUCCCACAAGUGAUAACGCCGUUUCCUCAAUCGUUACACCUAACGUCUGCGCUUGAUGCCGCCGUCAAAUAUGAGCCACCGCAGAAGCUUCGACCAAUCAGGCGGUCACCGGCGGAUGAUCCUUCCAGUUUUCAAGACGAACAUCUCUUUGCCGGCACGGGAGAGUCUACUGCUUUGUUUGAGUCUGAAAAAGCUGGUUCGCGUUCGGUCGAGGAGGGUUUGGAUCCGAAAGCUGACUGGUGUAAUUGGGAGGAAGACUCUAGCUCAUCUUCGGAUGAUGAUGGGGAUAGUUUGUUUCCUAACAAUAAUGAACCUGGGAUGCGAAAAAGGAAGAGGAAUACAAUGGUGAAGAUUGAGAGGUUUUUUGAAGAUUUGGCGAUGAGAAUAAUGAAGCAGCAAGAGCAAAUGCAUAAGCAGUUGAUGGAAUUGGUAGAGAAAAGAGAGAGGGAGAGAAUAACAAGAGAAGAAGCUUGGAAGCAGCAAGAGAUUGAAAGAAUGAAAAGAGAAGAGGAGAUGAGAACACAAGAGAUGUCUCGUAACAUUGCACUCAUUUCAUUUAUCCAGAAUGUUUUAGGCCAUGAAAUUCAAAUUCCGCAGCUAGGACCAGUCUCAUUUAUGGGAGAAAAUGAAACUAAAGGUGAUGGAAAUUAUGCUGAAAAUGAUCAUGUGUGAUCCAAACAAUAGAAGAUGGUCGGAAGGCUGUCAAUCUAGCAGAAGAUGGCCAGAAGCUGAAGUGCAAGCCCUUAUAAAGCUUUGAACUGAUUUGGAACAUAAUUUCGUGUGAUUGGCUCCAAAUGCUCCAUAUGGGAUGAGAUAUCUGUUGUUAUGCAUAAUAUGGGCUAUGCGGAGUGCCAAGAAGUGUAAGGAAAAGUGGGAAAACAUGAAUAAGUACUUCAGAAAAUCAAUGGGCAAUGGGAAGAAGCAUCCUGAGAACAGUAAAACAUGCCCGUAUUUUCAUGACUUGGACAUCUUGUAUAACUAUGAUAAUGUGGAGUUAAAAUGUUAAGUGAUCUCAGGAUCCUGGUGACUAAUUCUCCUUUAUGGAGUUUAAUCUCAAAAAUGGUAGGCACCUGUGAUCUAUAUUAUUGUUACCUUGAAAGUUGAUAUCAUUCUAGUGAAGUUUUUUCUAUGACC